AUGCCGCGCGUUGCCUCUACCAAAUGGCGGCGGCCCGAAGGCGGAUGGUGGUCAGUGGUCGGAGACUCACUUAGCUCUGGUCGGAAUCUUGGCAACAUGGCUGAAGAAGGAGCUAGUGUAUCUCCUGGAGCUGUUCAAAGAGAAAUGAGUGAGCUAACUGAUUUAAGUGCGAUGGAGGAAAAUGAAAAGUCCAGUCCCUCAAAUGAAACUCAGGUGGAAACGGAUGAGCCUGGGGCUGACGUCUAUCGAUAUAUCAAAGGCGAUCUUUUUACAUCUGAGAUUUACAAGAUUGAAAUCCAAAACCUCCCAAAGUUUGUAAGCUUCAGUGAUUUAAGAAAAUUUCUCAGCAGGAAUAGUCUGGUUCCUCAUAAAAUUAAACUAUUUGGAAAACAGCCUUUUGCAUUUGUGACUUUUAAAGAAGAAAAAGAUCGAGAUCGAGCCAUGGAAGUCCUUCAGGGACAAGUUUGGAAAAACAGGAAUUUGCGCGUCCGAUUAGCUAAGCCAAAAGCAGAUCCCAUUGCCAAAAAACGAAAGCAGGAGUGCACUGAGAAUGAUGAUCAGGAGGUGAAACGUCCUGUUCCAGUGGAAGUUUCAGAUAGACCUUUAAGUGAACAAAUUGCAGAUGUCGUGACACCUUUAUGGAACGUUCCAUAUGAAGAGCAAUUGAAAAAGAAAGAGCAGAAUGUCUUGCAAGUCUUAGGAAUGUUGACCACUGAAAUAGGAGCCCACAAUCGAGCCUUUGUGCCCUGGGUUUUUCAACAGAAAAAGAUGUACGGUGGAACCUGUUGCCCAUUAGAGGGAGUGAAGCCAUCGCCAGUGCAGACUGAAUACCGUAACAAGUGCGAGUUUCUAAUUGGCGUUGGAGCAAAUGGAGAAGAUAAAACUGUAGGAUGUCGCUUGGGUAAAUACAAGGGAGGAUCGUGUGCAGUUGUAGAGCCAUUUGAUACUGUUCAUAUUCCAGCCAAAACAAAGGAAGUUGUCAAGGCAUUUCAGAAAUAUAUAAGGUCAUCUCCUUAUUCUGUAUAUAGCCCAGAAACUUAUGAAGGCCACUGGAAGCAGUUGACUGUACGCAUUUCCAGAGCCAAGCAAAUUAUGGCUAUCAUUUACUUCAACCCUCAGAAACUAACUAAACCGGAACUAGCAGAAGUGCAGGAUGAAUUAGCCAAAUAUUUCACAGAAGGUGAAGGGAAGGAUUGUGGAGUAACUUCACUUUACUUUGCGGAAGAAGGUCAGAGAAAAUCCCCUAACUUGGAAGACUUGCCCUUGGACCAUGUGCAUGGAGACAAGUACAUAUACGAAGAGCUUCUGGGACUUAAUUUCAGAAUUUCCCCUCAUGCGUUUUUCCAGGUGAACACCCUGGCUGCAGAAGUGCUUUAUUCAGCAGUGGGAGACUGGGCCAACCUUAACCAGGACAGUAUCGUGUUGGAUGUUUGCUGUGGCACUGGAACUAUUGGGCUUUCUCUUGCAAAGAAUGUGAAGAAAGUCAUUGGAAUUGAGAUGUGUCAAGAAGCUAUUGAAGAUGCUAAAGUGAACGCAGAAAUAAAUGGUCUGACCAACGUGGAAUUCUUGUGUGGGAAAGCUGAAGAUCUCUUUCCGACUGUAAUUAAUUCCUUAACAUCACAAAACCUGGUUGCUAUUGUGGACCCACCCAGAGCAGGACUACAUUCCAGAGUUGUGCUAGCAAUAAGAAGAGCAGAACACCUAAAGCGGUUAAUUUAUGUUGCUUGCAAUGCUCGAGCAGCUAUCAACAAUUUUGUGGACCUUUGUCGAGCCCCAUCUCACAGAGUGAAGGGAUCUCCUUUCCGUCCUGUUAGAGCCUUAGCUGUCGAUCUCUUCCCACAUACCAUGUAUUAUGAGCUGUUAAUAUUGUUUGAGAGAGUGGAAUGAUUACACUUUGAACUGAUCAAGGCUAAAGCGGAUAUGAAUUCAGUAAUUUUAAAUAUCAAGUUUUAUUAAUUAUUUCAAAUGGCAUUGCAUAACUUAUUUCUUAUAUUGGAAUUUUUAAUGACUUAUGCAUGUUUUGACCAAAUCAGCAAUAUGACUACGGUCAUUAAAAAAAAUUAGGAUUUCUGUCUGAAUUGUUUGCUAUGUAUUUCCCUCCUUGUAUGAAUUUAUUGGAGCUCAAUAAAGUCUGGUCAGUA